AUGCUACGACCCAAACUACAGAUACUCAGUCUCAGCAAAGUGCACAGAAACGGAUUUGGGGAAUUGAGAACGUCCGAGGGCCUUACAUUUCUUUACUCGGGGAAGGAAGAUGAAGAAGGCGUACGUAAGAACGGCGUUAGAUUUCUCCUUUCUGACGCUGCGAAGAAGCACCUCCUGGACUGGAAAUCCAACUCAGAGCGAAUCAUCACAACUCGGUUUAACAGUAAGGCCCGCAAGAUACCCGUCGUUCAUGGCUACGUGCCUAAAAACUUGGCAUCAGAGCACAAGGACGAUUUCUAUAGUGCACUAAACCUGACUUUAAAGAACAUUCGCAAACAGGACAUAGUGUUCGUCAUGGGGGACCUGAAUGCCAAGAUCGGCACGGAAAACGUCGGCAGUCAAAGACACAUGGGCACACACAGGCUGGGACUCCGCAACGAUAACGAGGAGAGAAUCCUGGAAUUUUGCCACGAAAACGACUUGACCAUAGGAGGGACAUUAUUUAUACAUGGUGAUAACCACAACGCCCAUUACGAUCGACGAGUAUGGGCGGAUAAUGUGGCGAAUUGCGCUCAACGCGCUGCCGACUCCGGUAAUCUUAGGGAGAUAUACAAGGCGUUGAAGAUCUUAACAGCACAUCGGGCCCUGAAGAAAAAGCCCCUGAAGGACAAAAGAGGCGAACUGAUUGUGACAUCGAAGGGACAGUUCCAACAUUAG